UGCGGAGUGGCUGCGACGCGAGCAGCGCCUGCUGGGUACAUAUAAAACAGACGAUCUUGGGAAAAUAUUCACAAUCAUUUUCAAGCUGUUCGUACGCGCGCUCGAUUUCGAGAGGUGUUUGGAAUUUUUUCAGUGUUUUUUGUAGCAAUACACAGCGAAGUGAAGGAAAAAGCCAUGUUCCGGUUUCGAGAGCAGCUCGUAUUCGUCGUUUCCAUGGCGAUGCUGGCUCUGGCACUGGCCAGCGCUGAAUAUCAGGGCAACAUGUUCCUCAAUGGCCAGUACAAGAACGGCGCAAAGGGGCACCAGGAAACACACUUUUCCGUGAACGCCGCGUCUAACGUCUUCCUGAAUCACGCCAUCAUCAGUCGCCAGGCAUCGCCUUUCCAGGGGCCCACCUACCUGCCGCCCAAGGAGUUCCUGAAGUGCGCCUCCGGCCAGCAGUGCGUGCGCCAGGAUCAAUGUCAAAAUGGGUACUACACCCAGCAGUUGCCCAAGAUCCAGAACUGCGAGCCGGACUCAAACGUUUGCUGCACCUAUCUCGCACCACCAACCACCACCACCACAACGACCACCACACCUGUGCCGUUCGAGACCUGUCCACGUGACUCGGACUGUGUAGCGCCCCAAGACUGCCGCAGUGGGGAAAUCAGCUCCAUCAACUAUGUGAAGAAGCAGGGGCCCAACCGUUGCUACGCUCCCGAGGUGUGCUGCCGGAUGCCCUCUACAACGCUGACCGAAGACGGAUACAUAUUUAACCUGCCUGACAAGACGUUCCCGCUGCCCACCAAUCCCACGGUGCCCGCCGUUCGCACAACGCAGCCCGCCAUACGUCCUUUGCCCACCACUCGUCCUACCAACGAGUACCUGCCACCACAGACGACUCGUCGGCCGGUGUACCAACAGUCCCCCCAGACAACCCGACGUCCCGUCUACCAACCACCACCCACGACCAUCCGCCCGCAAACCCAGCCCACGAAACCCGCCUACCGACCACAACCGACACAGCGCCAACCUCAGACUACCCGUCGGCCCACCAACGAGUAUUUGCCUCCCGUAUCGGUGAAUGAGAUUCCUCACCGGGAGAAUCCUCGUUACGAGCCAGACCGUGUGCCGCAACCCUCUAAUGAGAAGCCAGUGUACCGCGGCGAGGAUCAGCUGUCGCCACAGAUCUUCCCAACGCCACAGACCGUGAAUGUCCCAAAAUACUUUGCCAAGUGCGCCUCUGCCUUGGUCUGCACGGACGAAAGCUACUGCAAUGCCAUUGGCGUGCUCUCCGAAACACCUGUCGAGCUGUCCCCCAUGGAAGCGGCUUUCCGAGUGCCCCUCACCGACUGCUUGCAGGCCGAGAGCGGAGCACCUGGAAAAUGUUGCCGCGACCCGAAUUACGUAGACCCGUGGCCAGUCAACUUGGCUGGCGUUUGCGCCACGAGAAAUAAGCGCACUAAGCCAACUGGUAUUAAGGACCUGGAUGCCAACUUUGCCGAGAUCCCAUGGCAGGCAAUGAUUCUGCGGGAGUCUAGCAAGUCGCUGCUUUGCGGCGGUGCCAUAAUUGGAGACGAGUUCGUACUGACCACCGCCAGCUGCGUCAACGGGCUGCCAGUUAAUGACAUACGCAUCAAGGCCGGAGAAUGGGAGCUUGGAAGCACCAACGAGCCACUGCCCUUCCAGCUGACAGGGGCCAAGUCCAUUGACGUCCAUCCCUCAUAUGCCUCCUCGAGCAAUGCUAACGAUCUGGCCAUUAUUCGACUGGAUAAACGCCUGGAGUUCGCCACCCACAUCCAGCCCAUCUGCAUCAGCGACGAGGAUCCACAGGCCUCGGAGCAGUGCGUAACCUCCGGCUGGGGCAAGCAGGCUUUGUCAAUUCAUGAGGAAGGCGCCAUUAUGCACGUGACUGACACAUCGUCACAGGGACGAAGCGAAUGCGGAGCGGACGCCACCAGCGUAUGCAGUGCCACAAAGUUUGACGCAUGCCAAUUCGAUCUGGGAAGCGCGCUCGCCUGCGGCAGCGGGUCGAAUGUCCGCCUGAAGGGCGUUUUCAGCGCCGAGAGCUCCUGCGGGGACGGACAGACGGUGCGCUUUGCCAAGCCCGACAUUAAGUGGAUUAACACGGCGUUUGCCGAUAGGAACAAGCCACUGCUCCUGAAGCGCUUCUAAGCCCCAAAAGGACGCAUACAUAACCGCUCUCCGAUGAGGAGUACUGUGAAGCAGUGAACGGAGAGAUUGAGUAAUACCUAUAAUAGAACAGCUCCAGCCUGGAAGUUGAUAGUCUAUUGAUUUUAGCUGAGCUAUCGCAAAGUUAGCCUACAUUGCACCACUGUUGUUCUAAGUCGCAACCUGCCACGACCACAUUAUAGAUAUCUAAUCAUGCACUUAAAAUAGCCCGAGUGGGACACCACGGUUUACAUCUGUUGCAAUCACAGCUCUCCGGCCAUGUAGAUCCAAUUCAAUUCAAGAGUAGAGAAAACUACUACCGAGUUGUACAAUAAUUAGUCUUAAGCAAUAGGUUCUUCACAUGAAUUUUUGUAUGGCCAACCUAAUUACGAACCAUGAGGACCCACCCAUAAAGAAUUUGAAUUGAAAUUUGAGAUUAUAAACGAUUACAUUAUUUUUUCGUCAAUCCAUGUGUGCACUACGUAGGUUAAGUCCUGCCCAGUGCACUUUUUCUAGACGUAAGCACAACGGCACUCCUAUACACAACUGCACCUCCACCGCCACCACCAUCUCUACGUCCACCACAUCGCAGCUGCUGCAUCUACACAUAUUUUUACAGUUAUUUAAAGCUUUUCCUAUAUCGUGUAUCGUAAAUCGUGUAGGUAAUAUCUUAAUAUGUUAAACAUGUUGUAUAAAGUGUCUAUUCAUCUAAAUUUAGUUUCUAAUUUAAAUUUUAAAUAAAGAAAAAUUAUUUAGAUAUA